AUGGAGUCCGCGAACCCGGACGCGCCCGCCGCGGACGACGCCGAUGGCGACGACGCAUUUUCCUUCGACGACGACGAGGACGCGGCGCUCGCGGCCGUCGUCGACGACCUGGCCAUGGAGCCCGACGAGCACCGCGUGCCGAGCGUCGCGGAGCUCGAAAAGCGCUUCGGCGCCGAGUUCGUCGCGAACCUGCGGUCGCCGGACGAGCUCAUCGCCGAGGCCGUGCUGCGCAACGCCGGCGGCGCGCCCGACGAGGCGCUGGCCUGCGCGGCCGCGGCCGUGCGCACGCACGAUUUGUGCGGCGCCGCGGACGAGCGGUUCCGCUUCGCGUGCCACGACCGGCGCCUCGGCGUGCAGAUGAUGGCCGUGUUCCUGCGCGUCAAGGCGCCGGCGUCGAGCGCGCGCUGGGAGCUGCUCGCGCGCGUGAAGAGCGGGUUAGGGGGCGGCGCGCCGUUCACGGUGUCGCCGGUAACCCAUCCGCGGCUCGACGUGCUGGGCGGCGGCGACCGGGACACGAAGGACUUAGAGCCGUGGACCGACGACGACGGCCCGCUGCCUUUAGACGCCCUGCUCUUCCCCGGCGCGGCGCCCGCGUGGGUCGCCGCGGACCUCCCGCGGCUCGUCGUCGUCGAGGAGACGCUCGACGGCGGCGCCGUCGGCGGCGGCCUCGCCGUCGAGCUCGGCCGGUGCCGCCGCGGCGGAAAUGGCGCCGUCAUCGAGGUGCUCUACGCGGCGACGGAGGCCGGCGACCUCGCCCACGGCGACGACGGCCCGUUCCUCCCGCGGGCCGAGGCCGCGCGGCAGCUGCUCGUCGCGAGCGACGCGCGCGACGAGUGGCCGCCGCGGACGGUCAAGGCGCCGGCGGCCGUCGUCCGGGCGCUCGCGCGGCGCCUCGAGGGCGCGCGCGCGAGCCUGCGCACGGCGGCCUGCGUCCGGCUCCGCGACGGUUUCCGGGAUCGCAACGACCGCGGCGAGGACGCGCGGGAGCGGUGCUCGCUCCGCGCGCUCCGCGACGGGCUGCGCGCGGCCUACGUCGGCCGGCUCGGCGGCGACGACGACCUGGACCCCGUGGCGCGCGCGGCGGCGCGCAAGGCCGCGGGCAACGACGCCUUCGGCGCCGGGGCCCACGACGUCGCGCUCAAGCGCUGGGGCGAGGCCGCGGAGCUGCUCGACGCGCACGGCGACCCGGCGGGGCUGCUCCCGUCGCUCCACGCGAACCGCGCCGAGGCGUGCCUGCGCCUCGGCCGCCACCGGGAGGCCGCGCGCUUCGCCACCGACGCGCUCGCCCUCGACCCGGGCCACGCGAAGGCGCGGCUCCGGCGGUGCCGCGCGCUCAAGGCGCGGGGGAAGAUCCAGGACGCGCUCGCGGACGCGCAGACCGUCGUCGACGCGGGCGGCGACGCCGCCGCGCGACGGGCCGCGACGGCGCUCCGCGACGAACUCGCGUCCCUCGCGCGGACCAACGCGCCGACGCUGCGCGUGCCCGAGGACUUCGGGACCUUCAGCGCGGCCUGCGCCUCGGCCGAGGCGUCGUCGACGGGCGCUUUGAUCGUCCUCGCGCCGCGCAAAUACGACGAGGCCGCGUCGCUGCGCGGCUGCGCCGCGGGCGAGCUCCGCGUCGUCGUCGACGGCGACGCCCACGCGGAGGUGAGGGCGCUCAAGGUCUCCGGCGCGCGCGUGUCGCUCGACCGGAUCUUGGUGACGGGCGGCGCGGCCGUCGCCGAGACCGCGGGCGCGGUCACGUUCCGCCGCUGCAUCCUCUCGAACGGCAACGGCGCGGCGCUCGAGACGCGCGGCGCCGACGUGGCCCUCGAGAGCUCCGUCGUCGAGCACGCGCGCGACGGCGUGCUCGUGCACGGCGGCGCCUUCCGGCUCUCCGGGUCGACGGUGCAGUACUGCUACUGCGACGGCGUGUCCGCGCACGUGCGCGUCGUCGUCGAGGACGUCGUGAUCAAGGACUGCGGCGGGCGGGGCCUCACGUCGACGGUGCGCUUCGACCCCUUCGUGCGGCGCGGCGCCAACAACAUCCAGGCGGACCCGGAGUUCGACGAGGCCGACGGCCAGCGCGCGGCCGCGGCGCGCGCGGCGGCCGACCCGGCGGCCCUGCGCCAGCGGGAGGUCGACGAGGCGCGCCACGGCCUGCGCACGGCCGCCGACGAGCCCGAGAGCCUCAUGGCCGCGCUCGAGGGCGCCAUCGCCGCGGGCAUCCCCGCGGACGACGCCGACAUGGCCCGCGCGCGGCGGGACCUCCAGCGCCACGCGGCGCGGCGCGACGACGACGACGACGACGCCGCGGCCGGCGAGCUGCCGGGCGUGCUCCCGGAGCCCCAGGUCCCGCGGCUCUUCGUGGACCGGCGCGGCCGGGCCUGCGCGGCGCACGCGCGCUGGGACUGCGAGUCCUACGCCGCCGACUACCCGGCGCUCUACACGGCCGCGGACGCCGACGAGAUCGCCGCGGCCUGCCCGCUGGCCUGCGGGCGCUGCUCGGCGGCGUGCCCGGCGGGACGGGCCAACUUCACGGCUUCCGACUACGACGGGCUCAAGGCCAUCCUCGACGCGGAGGCCUGCGCGGACGUGACGAUAUCGGGCCGCGUCGUCGUGCGCGCGACGGCGUCGUCGACCGGCGCGGGGCUCCUCGUGCGGUCCGGCUGCGACGUCGUGCUCCGCGGCGCGACGGGCUUUGAGACGAUCGACGGCGCGGGCCGCCACCGCGCGCUCCGGGCCGUCGGCGACCUCACGCUGCGGCGGCUGCGCGUCGUCGACAGCGUCGUGACGCAGCCGGAGCCCGGCGAGGACGAGCCGCGCGGCGGCGCGAUCCGCGCCGACGGCGAUGUCCGCGCGUGGCACUGCGAGUUCCGCAACUGCAGCGCCGGAACGUACACCAACACGAACGGAAUGGUGUUCUGGGAGUGGUGGACGGUGACCCGCGGCCUCGGCGGCGCGAUCUUCUCCCUUGCCGACGUCGCCGUUGGGUUCACGAACUUCACGGGCUGCCGGGCCGACGACGGCGGCGGCGCGAUCCACGCGUACAUGGCCGACGUGGCGAUCCGGCCGGGGUCGGGCUUCUUCGGAAACGUCGGCACCGCGGGCGGCGCGGUUCAUCACUCCUCCUACGGGGCGCUCGACGCCGGCGACGCGGACGACGAGCGCUGCGCGACGGGCCCGCCGUUGCGCUUCGUCGGCAACGCCGCGGUCGCAGAGGACGACUACGAGGACGACAUUCUGUCUGGCGGCGCGAUCCACUCCUCGGGCUGCUCCGUGAAGCUCGCGAACGUGCGCGCGGCGCGCAACGCCGCGGCGAACGACGGCGGCUUCCUCGAUUGGGCGCCGUAUUACGUGUGCGCCGCUUAUCCGGCGCGGCCCUUCGCGACCGUCGCCGACGCCGUCUUCGAGGACCACGCCGCGAGAGGCGGCGGCCAGAACGGCAACGGCGGCGUUUUGAGAUUCGUGGGGCCGGCCUACUACUGGUGGGUCUGGAUCGAGCCCGCGGUGACCCUGUCGCGCGUCGUCGUCGACGGCGCGGCCGCGCGGCGCGGCGGCUUCGUCCACAGCACGUCCGCCACGCUCGCCGUCGAGGACGUCACCGUCGUGGCGACGGCCGCGAGCAAGUCGGGCGGCGGCUUCCACGUCGAGUCCGGGGUCGCGACCUUUUCGCGGGCGGGCCUCGCGGGCCUGAGUGCGGAGGAAGGCGGCGCGGCUUUUUUCGACGAGGGCGCGGUGGCGACCUUCGCCGGCGCGAACGCCACCGCCUGCGCGGCCGACUCGGGCGGCUGCUUCUACGUCGCCGGAGCUGCCGCCGUCGAGUUCGCGGGCGGCGCGCUGACCGGCUGCUCCGCGUCCGCCGGAGGCGCUUUGUUUGUCACGGGCGAUGCGUCGGUAUCGCUCGCGGACGCGUUCGCGGCGAGCGCGUCGGCGACGUACACCGGCGGCUUCGCGCACUUGUCGGACGGGACGAUCGACGGGGCCGGGACGACGCGCGUCGCGGGCUCUUCCGCCGAGGGCGGCGCCGGCAUCUACGUCGCCGACGGCGCCUACGGUCGACUCAGAGGCGUCGCGUUCGCCGGCGGCGAGGCGUUGCAGGGCGCCGUGCUCUACUGCGCCGUGUCCGCGACCUGCGACCUGCGCGACGCGCGGUCGUCGGCGAACGUCGCGACGCACGAGGGCGCCUUGCUCUACGCGGAGCGGUCCGCCGUCGUGGCCAUCGACGGCGUCCUCAGCGCCGGCGACGCGGCGCCGACGGCGAUCUUCGGCCUCACGACCGGCGCAUCGCUGACGCUGUCGAAUGCGACGAUCAACUUCCCGAACGUCGUCUGCUGCUGCGUCUCCGCCGUCGGCGCCGCGCGGCUCGUCCUCGCCGACGUGCGCAUCGCCGACGCGUUUUCGAAGACGGCCGGCGCCGCGAUCUUCGCCGACUUUACGAAGGUCGUCCUCCGCGGCGUGACCGUCGACGGCGCGGUCGACGCGACGGGCGCCGCGAUUGACGUCGUGGACUCGACGCUUGACGCUGUCAACGCGUCCGUCGUCUUCUCGACGACGAGCCUCGGCGCGGCCGCGCUCUCGCUUCGCGGGUCGUCGGCGACGCUGCGGAACUGCUCGUUGGUCGGGAACGCGGCGGUCGCCGGCGACGGCGGCGCGGCGUCGAUCGCGUUGUCGCAUCUCGUCGCGGACGGCCUCGCCGUGUUGGCCAACGCCUGCGACGGCGACGGCGGCGGCGUCCACGCGGAGGCCGCGACGCUCGCGCUCCGCGGGAGCGUCGUCGCCGGCAACGCCGCGGGCGGCUCCGGCGGCGGCGUCUGGCUCGACGGCUCGUCCCUCGAGCUGCGCAACAGCAGCUUGUCCCGGAACUUUGCCGCCGUCGACGGCGGCGGCGCGGCCCUCGUCCGCGGCGCGGCGCUCUCGUCCGCCGGCGCCGCGGUCGUCGAAGGCAACGAGGCGUCGUCGGGCUCCGGCGGCGGGCUCAACGCGUCGAACGCGUCCGUGAUGUUCGCGGCCCCCGGCGACCAAAUCCGCGGCAACGCGGCCCCGCGCGGCGGCGGCGGCGCGGCGUUCUACGACGUCCGCGACACGCGCGAGCCGCGGCUGCCGCCGGGAACGCGCGGCAACGACGCCCUCUACGGCCCCCGCCUCGCGACGGGCGUCACGGCCCUCGGCUUCGUCCGGUCGGCCUACCGCGAGGCGUCCGGCGUGGUCUUCAACGCGUCCGUGGAGGCGCGCGUGCUCGACCUCUACGGGUCCGUCGUCGCGACGUCCGACGGCGAGUCCGUGCUGCUCGACGUCGAGGGCGCGGAGCUCACGGGCGACUCCAAGGGCUUCACGGUCGCCGGGCGCGCGGUCUUCCGGGGCGUCACGCUCACGCGGGCGCCCAACGCGUCCCUGACGCUCCGCGCGGAGGUCGUCGGCGCCGCGCCGCGCCUCGAGGCGGCGGCGGCCGUCGUCCUCCGGGCCUGCGUCGCGGGCGAGUACGUCGCGACGAACGCGCUGAGCGGCACCUCCACCUGCCUCGUCUGCGCGGCGGGCUCCGUGAGCUUCGCGCCCUCCGAGUCGUGCGCCGCGUGCCCGAAGCACGCGACCUGCGCCGGCGGGCGGCGCCUCGUGCCGGACCGGGGCUACUGGCGGUCGCGCCGCGACAGUCUCAACGUCGUGCGCUGCAAGGAGAACUACUGCCGGAGCGUCGAUCUCCUCGACGAGGCGCCCCGGGACGACGUCCGCGCGCCGUCCGGCGCCUGCGCGGGGAAGCACGCGGGGCCGCGCUGCGCGCGCUGCGAGCGGCACCACUACUUCGACGGCGCGACGUUGAAGUGCGCGAAGUGCUCCGCGCGGAAGACGCGGAGCCUCUGGGUCGCGCUCGCCGUCGUCGCCGCGUGCGUCGCCGCGGGCGCCGCCGCCGCGCGCUGGGUCCUGGCCUGGCUCCGGCGGCGCUUCGCGGGGUCGAAGGACGUCUUCGAGGACAUCUCGGCGCGCUGGAUGCCCUGGCUCGUGCCCAAAUUGAAGAUCCUGCUCGUGACGUUGCAGAUCGUCGGGUCGUUCCAGGAGACGUUCGCCGCGGUGUCCUUCCCGGAGCUCUUCUCGUCCCUGCUGAAGCGGCUCCGGGUGCUGGGCCUCGACCCGACGACGUUCCUGGCCGCGGGCACGGCCUGCGACCGGCCGGGCUGGGACUACCUGUUCCGGCUGGAGCUCUUCACGGCGCUGCCCGUCGCGCUCCUCGCGUCGCUCUUCGCGAUUUAUCACCUCCUAAAACGGCGCCACGGAUCGGCGCUCCUCGAGGUCGUCGCGCUCGUCGCGCUCGUGACCGUCCACGUCUUGCUCUUUUGCGACGACGACUUCGGCGGCGAGCCCGCGGGGUCGCCGCUGGCGGACUCGUCCUGGCUCGCGGCGGACUACGCCGUCUCCUGCCGGUCGCGGCGCUACGCGGUCCACCGGGUCUACGCGAUCUUCUGCAUCUUCAUCUACCCCGUCGGGGUUCCGGCCGUGUUCCUCGCGCUCCUGCUCUCCGUGCGGGACCGCGUCACGGCGCGCGACUACGACGUCUUCGUGCGGAACGUGCUGAAAGGCGGCGACGACGUCCUCGCGGUCUCUUCGGCGCAGGUCGGGGGCAAGGGCCCCGAGUCGCCCGCGGAGCUCCGCUUCCGCGAAAACUACGCGUCGAAGAGCUCGGCGCGCCGGCGGUCGACGGUCUUCUCCCGGCGCUACGAGACGGGCCUGAAGGUCUACGGCGCCGCGGAGGAGUACGUGCGCGUCCGGUCGUCGCUCGGCGCGCUCCGGUCGCCGGAGAGCCCGGGCAACACGCGCGAGGCCGCGGACGCGUGCCUCGCGACGCUCGGCGAGAACAUCCUCACGUCGCACCGCGAGAUCGACCCCGCGUGCGCGCACCUCGCGUUCCUCUUCUCGGAGUACGCGCCGCGGUGCUGGUACUUCGAGGUCGCGGAAUGCCUCCGGCGCAUCUCGCUCACGGGCUUUCUUGUGGUCUACGACGACGAGUCCAUCGGCAAGAUCUACACGGCGUCCAUGCUCUCGCUCGCCUUCGCGGUGGUGUACGCCUACCUGUCGCCCUACGGCGACGACAGCACGAACCGCUUCGCGACGGCGAUGCAGUGCGUCAUCUUCCUCCAGCUCUUCCUGACGAUCAUGCUCUACGCGGAGACGCACAUCGACGACGACGACGUCCGCGCGGGCUGGCCGCCGCGGCGCUUCGGCGUCAUCAUGGUGGUUUUGUCCGUCGCGAGCGGGCCCCUCGCGGCGAUCGUCGAGGCCUGCAUCGAGGCGCGGCUCGAGGGCGUCACGUUCCUCGGCUGCCUCCGGCCCGUCUGGGCGCUCCGCCGGACGCUGUCGGGCGGCGACGCGUCGACCGCGAACCCGCUCCACGACGGCGUCGAAUUGAAGGGCACGCGGAGGAACGGCGCCUCCCGGGAGAAGGAGGGCGCGGCGCGUUUAGAGACGCGUUCAGGCAAGCGGAAGAACGGCGCGGAGAAGAAGGACGGCGAGCCCUCCGACAUCGCGAUCUACGACGUCUACCAGGGCGGGCGCGAGCAGGCGAUACUGUAA